CCCCGGGCCUUGACUUUGACACAUGGCCUAAAUAGUUGUUAGUUCAGCAAUCACAAAAUACAACGUUCCUGAAGUUUUUAAAGAAACAAACUGUUUACAGUUUUAUUAUUUAUGUUUGACAGCCUGUUGGUCAUAAGGAUUUUUGUCAAAACAAAUGAUCCCGUUCAACCUUUUUGUUUUUCCAGUCUUGCUCUGUAAAACAGUCAUUAGCUCUUUACUACAAUACCAGUAUUUUAAGAAGAUUGACUUAGAUUCUUAGUGGUAUUUUUUAACUCAAAAUAUAAUUGCAGAUGGCCUCAUAACUUUCUUCAUGUUAGGUCUAUUAACCGAUUGAUGACGGAUCGUGUCGCUAAUAUUAAACAGACCGUUCUGGAUAAUCACUAUUAAAGGUAAAUGUUGGAUAAAGUUUGUUUGUCGAAGCCUCGCCUCAACAGACGGGUCGUUGUUAUGAAUACACACAUGAAGAGGAGAUAAUAACGUUCAGCUUUAGUCUGGUUUCACUAAAGUACAAACUGGUCUGUUUUGUCAAUUGCAGCAGUUUUUGCAACAAGACGAGUGUGGAGCUGAAACUGUAGAAACUAGUGCUGAGAUGCAAUUCAUUUUGUGUGCGAUUGAUGAAUCGUGACCUAUAAUUAAUCUAAUUAAUCAAUUUUAAUUGCAUUGAUGCCUAACCUAAUAAUCACUGUGACAAGCCUCAUUUUGUUGUAUUUUUUUAAGUUUGUGACAUUGUAGUGCAGUAAAAGAUCAAAAUAAAGCUAAAAAUGUGGCAUUAUUAAGUUUUUUUAUUACAAAAGACUUCUAACCUUUACUUUGACUGAGGGGGUUAUUUAUUCUAAUAUUGAACAAAUCACAAAAUAAUAAAAAAAAAAAAACCAUCAGGUCCAGACAGUUUUAAUUUACAACAUCAAAACAUUUUCUGAGUAAUCCAAAAAAUAUUGAACAAAAACUUCUUAUGAAUGCCAUAACUAAAAUGUUGAUAUACCUUAUUCCACAGUUUACCACAACAGUAAGACAGUAGAAAAGACACAAGUUUUAUAGUUUAACGUAUUUGGGUGAAUUUGAUCAUUAUGAAGACUGAGAUGAAACAGCAGAGGAAGUGAACUAUUCAGAUUGUGGACUUGUUUCUUUUUUUAAAUAAACUUUUGCUUUAUCGUCUGGACAACAACAAGCGCUAAGAGGGGAGCUUUCCUUCUAAAAUGAUCCAUUUUUUAACUUCUCUCGAUGAUCUUUCUCAAGAAGGAGCUACUGAAGCUGUUACCAUGACAACAAGCGUGUUAAACAGCCCGCGUUUGUAAAAGACAAUUUAACUUUAAAAAUGUAACAGGACGGAAGUUCUAAUAAUUUAUUUAAUAUUUAUAUUUUUCUUAAAUGACCAAUUUCUGUGAUUAAUUAACGAAGAAACGUCUCUUAUAAUACUUCAUUUGACAUUUUCAAUUUUUUACUCUUCAAUGAUUCUCAUGUCUUCAAUUUCACUGAAAAUCCUGAUAAGAAAGUCUUCUCUCACGAUACAGUUUGUGGAAGGGCAGUUUGUCGACUCCUAUGACCCGACCAUCGAGAACACCUUUAACAAAAUGGUGAACGUGAACGGUCAAGACUUCAAUCUUCAGCUCGUCGAUACAGCCGGACAGGACGAGUACUCCAUCUUUCCACAGUCCCACUCAAUGGACAUCCACGGUUAUGUUCUCGUCUAUUCAGUUACUUCAAUGAAAAGUUUUGAAGUUGUGCAGGUUCUACAUGACAAGUUACUAGACAUGGUUGGGAAAAUCCAGGUUCCGACUGUUCUGGUAGGGAACAAAAAAGACCUCCACAUGGAACGUGUUAUCAAACCGGAGGAGGGGAAAAAGCUUGCUGAUUCCUGGGGGGCUGCUUUUAUGGAGUCUUCUGCAAAGGAGAACGAGACCGCCGUUGAGGUUUUCAAGCGGAUCAUUUUAGAGAUGGAGAAAGCUGAUGGAAAUGCACCUCAGGAGGAGAAAAAGUGCUCCGUGAUGUGACCGUGACGCCUCCAGGACCUCAGUAAUCCCAUUUACUGACCACUAGGGGCACUACUUCACCAGCUUGCCAAUCGUGACUUCACCAAUCCCAGGAUGCUGCAGUGGAACGUUUUUGCUCUGUUGUAUUAUCAGAUUCAUUCAUGUUAGUACGAAGUGACUGUCCAGGCAGUUGAUAUUUUUCCACACUAAUUGUAACCACAUGAGGGAGUUUCUUCAGCAUCAAGGAAGGAAAACCAGAAAAUCCAACAUAAAUAUAGACGAAAUUUUGUAUAAAAUUAAAUAAAUACAAAUAUAAACUUUUUUUCAAGCAUAGAGACCUCGUUAUAGUUUGUGUAUCUUCAAUAAUUGUGUUAAUUUUUUGGACUGUAAUGCACAGUUCACAUUGAUUUAAAUGUGAAUGGUGAAUUUUCAUAAACUCAUUUUGAGAAAUCUGUUUUUAUUUUUACAGUUUCACUAAAACUGUCACAACGGAAGAGUUUAUUUCACACUUAACAACUCUCCUGCUGAGCAGACAGAUCUGAUCUAGCUUAGUAUCUCCUCAUUACCUACAACAACUAUUCCGUCUUUAGUUUAAAUUGCUCUCCAGUUGACUUUUUGGUAUAAAUAAAAAGUGGUGGAUCUGGUAAAUGCAGGUUUGUGGUUCCGCUGUGAGUACAAACCGUACACACAUUUAUCUUUGAAAUAGCAUUUUAGCAUCGUGCAGGACUAAAAGACCACGGGUCGUUUGGUUAUUUGAGUUGUUUCUACACACUUGUGUACAUUUGGAAGUGGUCAUCAACAGCAGCUUUUUCCAAUAACCUGUAAAGAACUUGAGAGCCUGGCAGAAAUCCCAUGCUGUUCAUGUGGUCAUUUUAACCUCAAGUGCUUGAUGUACAUAGUUGACUGAAGGUUGAUGCUUGCAGGAGCUGGUGUUGCUGUGUCUUGUGCCUUACGGUUGCUCAAACUCCCCUCGGCCUUUCUUUGACUUAAGGUGCUCUAGAAGUUCCUUCUUCUGCUGACUAGAAAGUGCAGGUGCAGGUGUUGUACACCUGGACACCAGUAUCCCUUUGUGGGUCGAUGUUAAUUAUGAAAUCUUGCUGUAAACAGUUUUGUAAAUAAAUCUGUUACUCAUUUGUUUCCUCA